AUGGCUACCGAGUUUACCCAAGAAUCGGUGUUGCGCUUUCUCAUCAGCAACGGUGGAAAUGUGCGAAACGCGGAUUUACUGACACACUACAAAAGCUUCUUGCGAGAAGAUGAAGAAAGGGAGCAGAACCGGGAGUUGUUUAAGAGGUAUGUGAACUCCGUGGCUACAGUAAAGCAAGAGGACGGAGUAUCUCGUGUUGUGCUGCGAAAAAAAUACAGGAGGCUCAUCGAAGAAAUAGGCGACAGCUCUAAACCGAAGAUCCGUGCGGAAAAGCAGGAACCUGCGACGCAGAGGCUUAGAGACGCGUCUCCGAAACCGCCUGCUGUGAGUCGAAACAACGAAGACAGGCAGGUAGCUAGCAAAACGAAGCCUACUUUAAACCGAGGGAAGGAGUUACAAAUACCAGCUUUAGACGCUAGUCAGAACACUGUUAAAACUCUGCCAGUUGCCGGUAUUAUUAACAGCAAUAACAACGUGGAAACUGUCAGUUUCGAAAAAACUGUCAAAACCUCGUCGCCAUGUACGAGGGAACACAUUGUCUCCAGCUCUGAUAGAAUUAAUGUCGCCUGCGCUGUCAAGCCAUCUCAGUUUAACUCGGAUUCAAAGCGCUCGAGUGGGAGCGGCCAAAGCUUUGAACAUUCUUGGGAUUUCAAAGGAUCGGCGGAGUCAACAGGUCUCGAACACAAUGAUGUUUACAUUCGUGACAAACUGGGUCUCGAACAGUCCAGAGAAGGGGAUGGCUGUAGCCAGUUCCAUUGUCAGCCCCAGGAAUACUCGCUGUGUGAAGUCAGAGUCUUUCCACCUGAGGAGGUUUUGAGAACAACAAAACCAGAUGAUAGCUUUCAACCUUCUCAAAGAGGUUUAGAGGAGCCAGCAGCUAGAGUUUUACCUUUACACACAUCGUUGGCCCAGACAAGCAGAAUUUCUGGUUCAUCUCCCUGUAUAUCCACUCAUGUAGAGAUCCUACCCACCCAGCCAUACUUGGAGCUGAGUCGCAGUAAUGGGAACCUGCCCAGUGCUGAGAACAGGCUUAAAGACAUCCAGCGACAUGUAGAGGCCCUCAAUGAAGCUGAAAAACUGCCACACCGUCAGUAUCAACGCAACAGUUUACCACUGGAUGCCCCAUACACUCCGUCAAGGACUGAGUUUUCAGAGCAUCACACCACAAGCUUGUCCUCCAGUCAUGACAGCCUCCACCCGCCCUCUUCCUACAGAGAUCCUAUCUGGCCAUUCAGUUUUUCCCGGGAGGAAUGGUACAGUGAUGAUAAUCUUAGCUAUGGAAGCGUGUCAGAGGAACGGCAAAUGGAUCACGGACACACAUCUGAUAUGCAACAUCAUACUCAUGAAGUCAAGCUGCUAUCUCAGAUGCACCGUGCAGUCAGACAUGUCACACCAUGGCACCACUCCACAGGUCAUCUUGACGAUGAGAGCUCCAGGUCCGAAUCUCCUCCCAGGUCUACCCCAGGGAACCGACUGGGACCCCUAGCCCGUCGAGUGAGCCAGCGACUGCGCAGCAGAGUGAGCCGGAGCCUCGGGGAAGAUCUUGACCGCCCGUUUCCAGAUGACUGCAUCUCAGCACGCCAAAGCCGUCUGCAGCUACUCUCCUCUUCCCUGAGUGUCAACUACCCCCUCUCCACCCUUUCGGGGGCAUCCAGUUGCAGGAACCUCUCAACCUCUGGUGGAGGUUCUAAUAGGAGCCUUUGUUCUGUUGGCCAUGACAACUCUUCCUAUCCACACCGGCAUGCCCAGGUUCCUCUGGAACCUAAAGAACACGACUGGUUCUUCAAAGCUGCCACAGGAACUUGGCCAGAUAUCUAUUCGCUUUUCCGUGAGGAGCCCAGCCUCCUAGACCGAAAAGACUUUGUCUCCGGCUUUACUGUUCUUCACUGGAUUGCUAAGCAUGGAGAUCACCGUGUGCUCAACACGUUGUGGUAUGGAGUCAAUAAAGUUGGGAUGAAUUUGGAUGUGGAUGCCCGCACCUCCUGUGGAUACACACCCCUACACCUUGCCAGCAUCCACGGGCACAAGAAGCUCAUCCGACUCCUGGUGACCAAGUUCAAGGCCAACGUCAACUUGAGGGACACUAGCGGGAAGAAACCGUGGCAAUAUCUGGAUAAAAAUGGACCACGUGAUCUUCUGGAGCUGCUACGGGCUCCAAGCAGGAUAACUGGCAGUACCAUACCAAAGUCUUCAGUAGAGCAGCCUGUGCAGAAACUGCGACCAAUCUCUGCAGCAGCACAUGUAAAGAGACACUCUUCUUUUGCGGCAUUGUUCAAACACAAAUCUAUCCCCAGGCUUGUGCCAGACUCAGAGGCUUUUGUGUAA